UGUCUAAGGGACUGGAUGCUGCUCUCACUUCUCCCAGACUUAACGAGCGGAACAGCGGAAUAAAAAUCCGAAUAAAAUCUUUCAAUGGCUUCCAACUUCAACGACAUUGUGAAGCAGGGCUAUGUGAGGAUCCGGAGUAAGAAACUGGGGAUUUUCAGGCGAUGCUGGCUCGUGUUCAAAAAAGCAUCGAGUAAAGGGCCGCGUCGAUUAGAGAAAUACCCUGAUGAAAAAGCUGCCUACUUUCGAAGUUUUCAUAAGAUAACUGAGCUGCACAACAUCAAGAACAUUACCAGAAUGCCUCGGGAGACAAAGAAACAUGCCGUAGCAAUUAUCUUCAGCGACGAGACAUCGAAGACAUUUGCCUGCGAUUCAGAGCUAGAGGCAGAGGAGUGGUGUAAGUUGCUUUGUUUUGAGUGUUUGGGCAGUCGGAUCAAUGACAUCAGCCUCGGUGAGCCGGAUUUAUUAGCAGCUGGAGUGCAGAGAGAACAGAACGAGAGGUUUAACGUGUAUCUGAUGCCGACACCCAAUCUGGACAUUUAUGGCGAGUGCACGAUGCAGAUCACACAGGAGAACAUUUACCUGUGGGACAUCCAUAAUGCCCGACUUAAACUGGUCAUGUGGCCUCUGAGUUCACUGCGACGCUACGGACGAGACUCUACAUGCUUCACCUUCGAGUCCGGAAGGAUGUGUGACACAGGAGAAGGAUUGUUCACGUUCCAAACGCGAGAAGGAGAAGUGAUCUACCAGCGAGUUCACUCCGCUACACUGUCCAUUGCAGAACAGCAUGAACGCAUGAUGCUGGAGUUCGAGAAGAAGUCACAGACCUUUUUAAGCGAGAACACAUUAACCAAGUCGAUAUCUCUGCCCCGGAGUGCUUACUGGCAUCACAUCACACGUCAGAACAGCAUGGGAGACAUUUACAGUUAUCAAGACAAAACAACAGGUGUGAGUUCGAUGAUGACCCUCAUCCCUCGAGCUCAGACUUUCCAAAGCUUCCUGACUGAAGAGACAAAAGAGGAAAAGGAGAGAUCAGCCUCGCCCUCUAGUGAACAUAAAGGGCACUACAGCUCGGCACUACUGCACUGACACGCACUCUAACGGGGGAAGAAAGAGGAGAAAGGAAAAGAAGAAGGGGAGAAAGAAGAAAAAAAAAGAGAGAGAGAGAGAGACAUUUUACAGUCAGAGAAUCAGUAGACAUGUACAGUACAGUAAAGAUGUAUAGUUCUAUAAAUAUCACUUGUAGAGAUGAAUAUAAACUAGAAAGGUUUUGUACCUGCUGUACAGCAACAGAUGCCUCAAUUUACAACUUUAUUUUUGCACCUUCCUUUCUUUCUUUCUGUUUUUCUCCUUCUACCGAAAACACCUUUCUGCACAUUAUCAUAUUUUGUGGACUAUCAGAUGGUUUUCUUGGCGUGAGGAUAGUUAGCUAAGCUAUGAGUUGCUCUGAAAAAGGACACAAAUCAGCCAUCUUUAGCAAAAAAUAUGGCUAAAAUGAUGAGCAAAUCGUAUGAUGGUAAGAUCUCAACUCGGAGGCGUGUUGAAUCUAUAUCAUGGUGUAUUGAAGACGUUCUGGUGUCUUAUCGAUAUUUAACUUAAAUUUCACAAAUUUAUAGAAUCAGCCCUGAUAAAAAAGAAACAUACAAGGGUCACAGUGGCUUGGAGGUUAGCAUGUUUUCUCCAUGCUCCAGGGGUUUCCUCCAGGGACUCUGGUUUCUGGUUUCCCCUAGGCCAAAGACAUGUGUUGUAGACUGACUGGCAUCUCUAAUUUGUCUGGAGUGCGUCCUGUGAUGGGUUGGUACACAACCAGGGUGUCCCCGACUUUGUGCCCCGAGUCCCCUGGGAUAGACUCCAGGCUUCGUUUGACCCAGAAAAUAAAUGGAUGGAUGGUUCUACUGCCUCCUCCAGUGGCAUCAUGAUUUAUGACCUCAGCUUCCUCUAACAUGAUGGCAGAGGUAAACUGGAUGUGUCCGAAUCAGUUAUCAGGAUAAAGACGACGACCUGAAUAACCUGGCCAGGUAAUGAUGCUCAUUCUCAUGCACACCUUUCCCAGAAUUAGCAAUUAGAAGUAGAAUCGAAUUAGCAGAUGAACUGACUAAUACCGGAAGUGGAAAACGUGCAUUUCCGUUAAUCACCCUGCUUGUAAACAAAUGCAGUUUUCAUGCUGAGAAGAAAUCAGCAGCCAACUGUAGCGGAAACCUGCAUACUUUAAGAGAAACAUGGCUCAGGAGGCUGUGGACGUGUCAGUAAACACUAGGCUAGACUUUAUAUUUAUUCAAGCUUUUCCCCAUGAGGCGCACUUCUCAGUUUUUGGAGAGCUUGCAGCCCCGCCCAACAAAAAACACACUUGUCAAUGUGUAUAAAAAAUCCCCAACCCAUUCGUUUUGCCCAAGGCUUUUAUUACCUAUUAUUAACUGGCUAAUAAAGCAGAAUAAAAUAAAUCGCAUUAAAAAAAAAAAGAAUUUUAUAAUACAACAGACCUGCCAAGCCUCAAGAAGAAAAACAUCCCUCGCUGAUCAGAAUUAGCAUUAAUAUCGUCUGCAAAGUGUUAGAUUCACUUUAGGCUUAUUUAAUCUUUCUUUUUGUUUCUGGUGAACUCAGAACAUUCCCUGUUUACCUUAACAAGAACGCUGCAACAGUGGCAAAACUUUUGUGUGAAAUGAGGACACAGAAAACACAAGUGGGAGGGGCUACUAGAUAAGCUAAUAGAUAUCAGAGCGUUUAUAUCACCAGCGCAUUUCUUCGUCUAUUGUAAUUAUUAUGAAAAAAUAGAAUCUUUCGGCGUAUUUUGGAGUGUGUUCAACUGUUUACGUGAGCUGUAAAAAAAAAAAAAAAAUGAUUCAGGGUGUAAUACAGGCUUUUCAGUGUUUGGUAUUUUCACAACUCCGCCCACCUCUCCUGCAAUUGCUUCAGUAGGCCACACCUACACUUUAAAUGAUAACGGGACAUAUUACACACGCAUAUAGAAAUUUCUUUUCUUCUAAGCAGCCAGAAUUCAGAGUAGUGCGUCUUUUUCUCUGAGUGGAAAGUGACAUGUCCAUAAAAUAUGGUAGGAUGCGUCUACAGAUACACUAUUUUGCCAAAAGUUUUGGGACACCCCUCCAAAUCUGUGAAUUCAGGUGUUGUUUUUCAGGGGUUGGGCUUGUUCCCUUAGUUCCAGUGAAAGGAACUCUUAAUGCUUCAGCUUCAUACCAAGACAUUUUGGACAAUUUCAUGUUCCCAACUUUGUGGGAGCAGUUUGGGGAUGACCCCUUCCUGUUCCAACAUGACUACACACCAGUGCACAAAGCAAGGUCCAUAAAGACAUGGAUGAGUGAGUUUGGUGUGGAGGAACUUCACAGAGUCCUGACCUCAACCUGAUGGAACACCUUUGGGAUGAAUUAGAGCGGAGACUGCGAGACAGACCUUCUCGUCCAACAUCAGUGUGGAAAGCCUUUCCUGAGGAGUUGAAGCUGUUAUAGCUGCAAAGGGCGAGCCAAACUCCAUAUCACAUUCAUGUGCAUGUAAAGGUAGACGUCCCAAAACUUUUGGCAAUGUAGUGUAUGUUUUCAUUUUUAAAACGCACGCAUUAGAGGAGUGUCCAUUUAGCUUCUCUCUAAUCAACAACCGCAACAAGAAGUCUUUUUGCACCCUGCACUUUUAACCCAAGCCUGAUUUGCACUUCAGUGUUUUUGCUCAUUGUGUAUUGUGGAGAUUUGUGACGUCACACCGAGAUCUCCUGUUUGUUUUUGUUUGUUUGUUUGUUUUUUUCUUUCCUCGUCGUGGUGAUCACACAAAGCAGAACAUGCACUGUCAGAAAUAAAGAUAUCAAACUGUACUUUUUUUUAUGCUUGUCACUGGAGUACAUCAUUUCUACCUUUUUGGGUUUUUUUUGUUUUUUUUUUUAAACCUGAGAAGGUGCAUGUGGUGUUCAUCUAAAUAGCUUUUAAUGGUCCAAUUUUACACCAUCGCCUGUUUUAAAUAUACACCAUAUUCAUGUGUCCGGGUGAAAGAUGCAUCCUAAAGGUCCCCUUGAAGGUGUCACUGUUUUCCUGUUUUCCAAUACCCACAGUAGCGCACCCUUAUUGACUUGUUUGAAUUGAUUAGAAAGGUUGUUACCUGUCCGUUUCAGCUUGACUGAAUUCAUUAGAUGAGAUUUGAAGGGUAGAUUUCAAAACUUUACCCAGAAGGCAUCGCUGCAGCCCGACACAGAUACGCAAGUGUAAACACUGGCAAUAAAACAAAGACAUUCACAUUUCAGAACUCUUAUAUUUGUCUGUUUCGAUUAAGUUUUAUUCUUCCAGCGUGAAGGGAUGAUGGAACAUUGUGCACUCUGUGGUGAGACUCUGCUCAGUGCGAGAAGGAAAGUGCAUGUAAGUCUCAGAGGAAAUCACUUUAUUGUCAGUGCUGCAGAACAAGUCAACAAGGUUGUGCUGAAAACAGUAUUGGAAGAGAGAAAUGUAAACAUGAGGCCUUCUUUGUUUGAAAGAUUUCUUAUUUUGGUGAUUUAUUUUUAUUUUUCCCCCCCCCUCCUCCCAAGUCUGACUUGUGUUGAAGUGUACUUUACUAAGUUUCCUUUUAACGAAACUGACGUUUUCUUCGAAACUGUAAAUCGUCUAAUGUGUCAUGUUUCAACUUUAACGUGUCAGUAACUGCUGAGUAAACCUAAUUCUGCGUUCACACUGGCUGAUGUCACCUCAGGUUUGUCUCCUGUGGGCGGGGCUUGUUUCGUUAAUUAUUCAUUUCUAUGUAUAGCAGCGGCGGCACGGUGGCUUAGUGGUUAGCACAUUCGCCCCACACCUCCAGCAUCCCAUGUUCUCCCUGUGCUUGGUGGGUUUCCUCCGGGUGUUCCGGUUUCCUCCCACAGUCCAAAGACAUGCUUCUAGGCUGAUUGGAGUCUCUAAAUUGUAGUAGUGCGUGAGUGUAUGAGUGUGUGUGUGUGCACUGAGAUGGGUUGGCACUCUGUCCAGGGGGUAUCCUGCCUUGAUGCCCGAUGACGCCUGAGAUCCUGAGGUUCCCCGUGACCCGAUGAUAGAUCGGAUAAACGGUAUAGACAAUGAAAUGAAAUGAAAUGAAUAGCAGCUAUAUUUUACGUCGUAAGACAUAAACCCGUUCCCGUUACCAUAUAUGACAAACAUAAACAAGCUCUCGUUUUUUCUCUCUCUCUUGAAAUGACAAAAAUAUGCAGAAAUUGGAAAAGCGUCUUUCUUCUGAAGACUGUGGAGGAAACCGUGCUGACACUGGAGACUCCUUCCUUACAUAUUAGAUCUUUCAGAAAGCUUCAGCUGCUUGCCAUUCACUUACCUGUGAAUGAGUUUUUCACAUAAAAUACUGAAUAUAAUCCUGCGAUAUAAAUUAAAGCCAGCGCUACUGUCAGAAGUGCUGACAGCGCUCUGACCAAUCAGAAUCCAGCAUUCUAUAAUACUAAUAAAAGGUAAAGGAAGUGUGGCUUUGUUCCUCCAGAAUAAAGUGGAUUUAUUUGCAAAGUAGUUGCAAUACCACAUGGGGAUAAAUCUAAACUGGCUUUUAUUCGAUUUUUUUCCCGUAACCACUGUUUCAUCUUCUCCUCAGAAUAAAUAACACACAUUUUUUAGACCAUGUUGAAUAGGCCACGCCCACACCGUCAACCCUGUAGCGACAUGAGUGACGUCGAUUGCCAGCGUGAACGGCGGAUAUGGAAUCGUUCGCGUUAACAUGUUGUGAAUGUGUUUGCUGUUUUGAGAUGUAGCUGCUUCUGUUGGUCAUUUCCUCCUCACACUGAUCUGUUCGUACACAUACGUGGAGUGACUGGUCCUGUACAUAGCGCAGCUUUUACAUACAGGGAAAAUAAAAAGUCUUCUAU